UCAGACAAGCAUCUCUCAGGCUUGAUAGAAGAAGAGCUGCUCUUCAGACUCAGCGCUGCAGUUGUCCAAGUUCAGGCAUGAUGAAAGGCAUUAUUCCCAAGAACAAAACCAAAGGUACUGAUUUCUGCGGAGUGAAAGAUUACUAUUUCAUAAUCCGCUCUGAUCUCGGUUGCUAUAUGCAGUCAAGUAAUUUCAAUAAAGGUUUAGACAUCACUAUUUUCAGUCUGCACCCUGCCUGCCAAAAUGGAGAUCAUUACCUUGGUCAUCAGGAUGGCUACUUCUACAUCAUCAAGGGCGAUUCUUAUCGCAUGGUCACCGAUCUGUCUACAGACAGCGGUGCUGUAGUUUACAGCCUUCAUCCAAACUGCCAGGGUGGAGACCACUACCUCUCAGCCCUUGGCAAUUUUUACAUUAUCUUCCAAGGUAAGGGCACUUACCGAAAAACAACAAACUUGAAUCAAGACACGGAUGCUGUAGAAUACGACCUGCAACCCAACUGCAGAGAUGGUCUGUAUUACUGGGGCCUCCCAAACCACUGCUACUUCCUCAAGCCAGUCUUAGAGUGGGGAGUUGAGUACUGCAAAGGAACAAAAUUCCACGAAGACGAGUGUGUCGAUGUCUAUUCUGUUCAUCCCGAUGUUAUUAACUUCCUGCCUGGUGGCCUGUCAGUAACUAAAGGCCCAGCAUUUGGCAUUUGGGAGAAUAUUAAAACAAUAACUAAUGACAGCAAUACACCAGUGACAUGGCAAAAGAGAAUUAAUAAAAAGGUUGGAUAUAAUAAGGAGAAAAUGUCCAAGAUCACGCACAACUGGAAGAUAGCCACGUCAGCCUCAACUGAAUCUGGAGCCCUUUCAGGGUUAAUUGUGAAGUGUCAGUUCUCCUUUUCUGCAGAAUAUGGAGGUUCUCAUGUCAGCACUGAAAACGAAAGCUGGAACGAAGCGACUGAAGUGGAUGAACAACUCUCAUUUGAGCUGAAGCCAAAUGAAAGUUUAUAUCUGUGGCAGUACAAACUGGGUCUUGGACAAGAAUCAGUGUUGUUCUGCCGUGAUUUGAUGAUUGAUGAUGAGCCUAACCCUCCAGCUGAAAUCCCACUGCCACCUGCACAAACUUGAACAAUUAUCAGCACAAUUUAACUACAACAG